UAUUGAAAAUCUCUGUCCUCAGAAAUAGAGAGAAAGAGGAGGAAGUCAUGAUCUAGAAGCGAAGUCUCUGUUAAGUUUCAAACCUUGCUGUGUUACCAAGAAAGAGAGAGCAUUUUUCGAGCUCUUUAGCGUUUCUUUGUUUUCUUUAGAGCUAAAUCGAUCUUCAGAGCAAAUGUUCGAGCAACAGCAUUUUGUCGACCUGCAGGAAGGCUUUGGGGACCCAAAAUCAUGGCUUUCGCGAGAAGAUCACUCAUCUCCCCUCCUCUCCAAACGAGCUAACUCUUCCCUUUCUAAUGGAAAUGGAAGUAACAACAAUGUUGACAAAGUACUCUACAAGAACCUCGUCGAGAUGGUCCCGCUUGUUGAGUCUCUCAUGGACCGGAGAGCAAAUACUUCGUUCACACGUCGUGCGUCGUUAGUCUACACAAAGACGCCUUGCAGAGAAUCUUAUACCAAAAAAAUUGGUGAACCGAAAGGUAGGAAAGCAGCUCAAUCUAUUUCAACUAAAAAACCAAGGGACUUUGGGGAUAAGGGACCUGGCAAAAAUGCUAGCCAAGAUGCAUGUUCUGAUGACUUGUCAAUUUUCUCAUCAAAGUCACUGGUGGCAGAAAGGGAAAGGGAAGAGUUGAUGUUAUUGAGGAAACAAGUAGAGGAGCUACAGAAGAAAUUAUUAGAGAAAGAUGAGCUUCUGAAAUUGGAGGAGAAUUCAAAGCACCAAAUGACUGCAGUUCAAGCAAAACUUGAUGAACUUAGACGUCAGAUGGCAGAAAAGGACUCUUUGAUUAAAACUGCACAGUCACAACUAUCUGAUGCAAAGAUUAAGCUUGCAGACAAGCAAGCAGCUCUUGAAAAUUACAAUGGGAAGCAAUGACAUCUAACAGCAAAGUUGAGAAGCUGCAGAAAGAGCUAGGUUCCAUGCAAGGAGAGAUUUCAUCAUUCAUGCUGUUAUUUGAAGGCUUGACAAAGAAUGAUUCCAAUGCAUAUGUUGAAGAUUAUGAUAUCACUCUUUAUUGUUUGAAUCCACUUCCAUAUAUGGUCAGCUUUGCUCCGUCUAUUUUAUGAAUUAUGUAGUAGGCUCAUUUUGCGGAAUCUUAGGUAAUAUGCCAACAAGCAUUUCCUAAGUGAUUGUGCUGGGCUGGAUAUUGAAUGGCAGGUAUUCAAUAUGUACAGGGAUUUAGAUCUUGGUAUUUGAGUGUUUUAUGUAAAUUGUUUCCAGAGUAACUCAAUGUGUUUAAUAGAAUGUCAUAUAUAACAAUCUCUAUUUUCUGUGUGAUGCUGUAAAGAAGGGAGAUGAGGAACAACUGAAAAGAGGAAACAUCUUAUUGUGAAGAAUUUAUUCUUGAUUGCAUAUGCUACCUGAAGACAUAUACUGAUUCCUUAAAUCUUUUCCACAUAACAAGUCCCAUUUUGUUUAGUUAGAAGCAAAUAUCACAAAGACUGGAGCUACUACCAUACCAACCGAUCGAAUAGAAAACAAAAGAAGAAUAAGAGAACCAAGUUAAUAUUAACAACAUUAUGGCCUUAUAGAUCUGGUAGGACCACUUAAUUUAUUUCGAAAAACACCUUUUCAUUAUUUGUUUUUUCAAAAGCAAGUAUCUUAGCUUCCUAGGAGAUGAUAUCAUGAAGCAAAAUAUUGUACAAACUCAUAAAUGAGAAAAAGAAAACAAACAAUAAGCAAGAUAUGUGGUUGAACAAAUACAACUAAAACCAUAAUCGACAAAGAAGUGAGCUGCCCCUUUUUAUUUUUCUUCUUCCUAAUUGCUUCUUGUGAUUUAGAAGCAAGCAAAAUUUUCAAUGCUCGGUUGUCCAAUGUAUGCCAAGCAAAACAGAAAAACUAGUAGGUUGUUUAGACUGAAUGUUCUAGUUGGUUUUGAUCUUUGACUAAAACAUCUGAGUUGGUCUGAACAGGAUGAUAUGGAUGAGAUGGAUAUGGGGAAAAUGGAGGAAGCAAGGAGCGCAUAUAUUACAGCUGUCGCUGCUGCAAAAGAAAAACAAGAUGAGGAAUCGAUUGCUAUUGCAGCCAGGGCAAGGUUACAUCUUCAAUCAUUUGUUCUCAAAAACAAACAAUUAGAAAGUUGAUGGAAAAGAGCUUUCAAGUUUACAGAGCCCCCUCUAAAAUGCCUGUCCAUUUUAACUUUUUUAGAUUUUUUUUGGUUCAAGACCCUAAAUAUGUGAAACCAUCAUAGGGCUUGUGAAAUAGUUACUUUGACUUGUCAUUGUUCAUAAUUGUAUCUCAAUAUAAAAAUGCUUUUCCCCA